AGCAAAAGUGACCAUAGAUCGAAAUGAAUAUAGUACACAGUGAAGAUGUUGACCUUGAUUGGCCGUAGUAGGUUGCGGUUGCGGUUGGUGUUCCUUUACUCAAUUCUACUUGCUUUCUUAAUGGCGGUUCUCUCUCAAUUUCUCAAACCCUAAAUCUUUCUGUUUGGAACUCUGAUAAUCAUCAAUUAUCACAGGAGCUGUAAGUUAGCUAGGUCUGGCAAUGGCUGAUGACACAACAACCCUAAGUUACUGGUUCAACUGGAGAUUCUUCCUGUGUGCAUUAUGGGUCAUCAUUGCUAUGAUAGCAGCAGCAAUUUUAAUUAUUAAAUAUGAAGUCUUCAACAAAAGAACAAGUCACAGAAAAGAAGAUGAACAUGAUGUGGAACCAAUUGGGAUCUUGUAUGAAGAUGAAACUUGGAAGACCUCUUUGAAAGCACUCCAUCCUGUUUGGCUGCUUGUUUACAGAUUAAUUGCAUUUGGUGUCAUGUCAGCACUUCUUAUUGCUAAUCUGAUAACUGCUGGACCUGAUGUACUUUUCUUUUACACUCAGUGGACAUUUACUUUGGUGACUGUAUAUUUUGGGCUUGGAUCUUCACUUUCCAUUCAUGGAUGUUAUAAAUAUUGGAAUGAAGUUGAUGAUGAUAAUAACAAUCAUGUUUUAGACACAGAAAGAGGCACUUACAUUGCUCCCUCAGAGGGAUUAAGCUCCCACAGAAUCCCCAUAAACCCUAACAACAAUCACAAAGAAACUCAUGAUAGAAAGACUGCUGGUAUAUGUGGAUAUUUCUUUCAAAUACUCUUCCAGAUAUGUGCAGGAGCUGUUGGACUCACUGAUAGUGUCUUUUGGUUCAUCAUCUAUCCGUUUCUUACCCCUACAGGGUACAGUUUAACUUUAUUGGAUGUUAGCAUGCAUUCUCUCAAUGCCAUUCUCCUCAUUAUUGACAUGAUUCUCAAUCGUUUACGAUUCCCUUUCUUUCGUUUGGCCUAUUUUGGUCUAUGGACAUGUAUAUUUGUCAUUUUCCAAUGGAUUGUUCAUGCUUGUGUAUCAAUGUGGUGGCCAUAUUCCUUUCUUGAUUUAUCAUCUCCAUAUGCUCCCAUUUGGUAUUUAGGAGUGGGAUUGAUUCAUCUCCCUGCUUAUGGCAUCUUUGCACUCUUAGAACUCAACCAUUUUACUUUUAAAAAAAAUAAAGGAAUUAACUCAAAGAUCCUAAAGGAGUUGGUGAGUGGAAGAUGCAGAAUCUCAAUUAUGUGAUGUAAAUUAGGGAUUCUAAUUGCAUUUCUAAUUUCUGUUGUAUGUUUAAAUUAGGAAAACAUAUUAUUAGCCAUAUUAAUGUAAACAUGUCUCUUUAUUUUAUAUAUAUUGUAGAUAGUGUCGUCACACAUAAAUUAUGGAUGACAAUUUCUCACUCAUUUGUGUUAUGUUUCCUUUGAG